UUUUUUUUUUUUUUUUUUUUUUUUUUUUUUUCGCCUAAACCACACCGUCUCUUUUCCUCCCUCCUCUUUUGUAAUUUCUAUUUUUUUCCUCCCCGAUUCCUCCUUUGCUUCUCCUUCCCGGACCCUCUCCUCGCCUCGGCUCCCCAGCGGCAGCACCAUGUCCUUCAGCCCCACCAUCAUGCCACCUGCCAACGGCUCCGCCAACGGGACCGCCGGCGGGGCCGAGGGCGGGAAGCCCCCCACCAUCCCCACCGUCAUGUUCAUCUUCGGCGUGGUGGGCAACCUCAUCGCCAUCGUGGUGCUCUGCAAGUCCCGGAAGGAGCAGAAGGAGACCACUUUCUACACACUGGUCUGCGGGCUGGCGGUCACCGACCUGCUGGGAACCUGCCUGGUGAGUCCGGUCACUAUUGCCACUUACCUGCAGAAUCGCUGGCCAGGAGGAGACGCGCUGUGCGAGUACAGCUCCUUCAUCCUCCUCUUCUUUGGACUGUCUGGCCUCAGCAUUAUCUGUGCCAUGUCAAUAGAAAGGUACCUGGCCAUCAACCAUGCCUAUUUCUACAACCAUUACGUAGAUAAGAAGCUGGCGGGGCUCACGCUUUUCGCCAUCUACGCUUCCAACGUCUUGUUCUGUGCACUCCCCAGCAUGGGGCUCGGCAAAUCGACCCGGCAGUACCCUGACACUUGGUGUUUCAUAGACUGGCGAGCAAAGAAGGCCACUCAUGCAGCAUAUUCCUACAUGUACGCUGGCUUCAGCUCCUUCCUGAUCAUGGUUACAGUGAUCUGCAACAUCCUGGUCUGCGUGGCCCUAAUUCGCAUGCACCGCCAGUUCAUGCGACGCACAUCCCUGGGGACAGACACCACCUCCAGCCGCUUAUCUGACUUUCGCAGACGCCGGAGCUUCCGUCGGAUGGCCGGAGCAGAGAUCCAGAUGGUUAUUCUGCUCAUUGCCACUUCCCUGGUGGUGCUCAUCUGCUCCAUUCCUCUGGUGGUCCGUGUCUUCGUGAACCAGCUCUAUCAGCCUAAAUUAGUGGAGGAUGUGAGGCAAAACCCCGACCUGCAAGCCAUCCGCAUUGCCUCGGUGAACCCCAUUUUGGACCCAUGGGUCUACAUCCUCCUCCGCAAGACUGUGCUCAGCAAAGCCAUCGAGAAGAUCAAGUGUCUCUUCUGCCGCAUUGGAGGGGCCCGGAGGCAGCACUCGGGGAGCAAUUUCAACUGCGUGGAUGGCCGCAGGACCUCUUCCGCUGUGUCAAGUCAGUCGCCCUCCUUCAUCUCCCGUGAGCUGCGGGAGAUCAGCAGCACCUCACAAACACUGCUCUAUCCCCCGGAGUUAAGUGAAAGCAGCGUCGGGGGGCGCGUGCUGCUUCCCGGCCCCAGCGCAAGUCUGGCUCAGUCUGACACUACAUCCGUAAGGACACUGCGCAGCUCAGAGACCUCAGACUCUUCACACGGGCAGGACUCAGAGAGUGUCUUCCUGGUGAACGAGAUCAGGUCUGGUGGUGGGGCCAGCUCAACUUCCAAGGGCAGCCCCCUCCAGGUCACCUUCCCCACAGAGACACUGAAUUUAUCAGAGAAGUGUAUAUAGCAACGAAAGGCAUCGACCCUGGUGAUCCUUCCCGGUACGCUGGAAAAACUGGUGCAAUAGAUAGGUAUUCUGCCUAUUCAAGGGGAGAGGGGUUCAGCUAUGCUCCAAAGGGCUAUUUUUCUCUUGCCAUGUGAUGGGUACAUUUCUCUUAGACUACUGAGGACUGUGUGGAACAGACAUAGGCGCUGCCAUCAGAAAUUGUACAAGACGGGUCUAAUGGGACUGGAAACAAGAACAUGUCUUGUUCUGGGACGCAGGAGAGCUACUGGGCCUCUUGAAAUAGAAAGACCCAUCACUUUCUUUCUUUCUCUUUCCCUUUACAAAUCUGGUAGAACUGUGUUUUCCUAUGGCUGCUCAACUAUCAAGAGUUUAAGCUUCUGGUACUAGAGCAGAAUGUGAGGCAGCUACUAGGAACUGGACAGAGCUACUCUGACAGCUGCCUGCAGUAGGAUUUUAAAGUGUCUCACUAAAGCAUGAAAAUGUGAAUUUUUACUGUUGUAUAUGUAUCAGGACUGAAAAUAUUUAAAAGUCUAUUCUUCUCUAUGAGAAGGGUUCUUACUAAUACCAGGUAUAUAGAAAUGAUUGCCAGCCUUCUCUUCCCCCAGUAUUGCCUGCUGAUAAGACAUUCUUGUUUUAGAUUUGUUAUCCGUGCUACAUUCACGGCCGAUACAAUUCUUUAGCUGAGAAUACGUAAACACUUUGAGUGAAAUGGAAACAUAUGUACCAUUGAGAAAAAGAAAACACAUCCUUUCAGUUAAGAAUAUUCUUUCAGUGUAUGUACAUACUAAAAAGCCAGAUUUUAUUUAUGUGCUGAGAAUGUUUCCAUGUAUAAACACAUUGCUCCUCUCCGAGUACUUCGGCCCACAUUCUGCACGCACUUAGGCACACACUUAACAUUGCCCAUCGGAGUAGCCCUUCCGCUGCCAGGGAGACUCCUUACAUGUAAAGUUAAGGACAUAUAGAAGUGCUUUUAAUAUCAGGGCCUAAAACUUUCCACCCCUGGUUAAUAGUCUUAAUAUUCACUUUAGUUAAAGCAUCACUGAUGUAAUAAAGGUAUUUUUUUCAUAACAUUUAUCAUUUUACUUUAAAUAGUAAAUAGAAUUUUAUGACGCUGUAAUCUGAUAUUCCACCAAAUAAACAUACAAAACCAUGGAAGCAGAAUCUUCAUUUAAAAGUGUAGGUUAUAUAGAACCAUGUUCUGGUCUUGUACCUCUUGCAGAUUAUUUGUUCCUAGAGUUUUAAUGGCAAAGACAUCACCCAAAACAGCUGUUCACCAGUGACAAAAGGACUUCUGGUGUUUUGUUUUGUAUGGGGUAGGUCUUCUUCCAGAAAGACCAUUUACUAAAAUAAUUCUGUACAGAUAUUUGGAGGAUGUUUUGUUAAAUACUAAGCAUGUUAUGCUGCUUAAAGUGUUCUCAUGUGAAAUGCUUUAUUGUAAUGAAAAUCUUGAGCCUUAUGUUGAUGGUAUGUUUAAGCAGUUGUACUGACCAAAAUCACUUUGGGGAUAACAAUUAAAUGAAAAUGUUCUGCUUGAGCUCAAAAGUU